UACACAGCAGGAAGUACUGUUCUUUUGCAGGGCUACGCCUGCUCCCGUACAGCCAACCACCAUGCUUGGAGUUUUCUGGCGGUGCAUCGUCACUGGGCUGGUGGCCGGAGUCGGGGCUGUCGUGCUGCAGUACCUGUGGGACACGCUCCGGAGAUGCCUGCGGAAAGAUCUGCCGCCAGGCCCUUUCGGUGUGCCUCUGCUCGGCUACCUUCCAUUCAUGCCAAAGGACGGCCACCGUGGCGUCGAGGCGCUUAGGCAGAAGUAUGGCAACAUAUUCGGAGUUCACCUAGGCUGCCGCUACGUGGUGUUCCUGUGUGACUUCGAAUCCGUCAAGGAGGCCUUAUCGCAGGAUUCGCUCCUCAACCGACCUGAAGAGUUUCCCUUCAAAGUCAACGAGCACUCGCAAGGACUGAUAGUGCUCAAUGGACCCCUGUGGAAGGAGCAGCGCAGGUUCUCGCUGAAGCUCUUCAAGAACCUUGGCAUCGCAACGACGGCCAUGGAGAAACACAUUCACGAGGAGCUCUCGUACCUGCUUCGCGAACUGGAGUCGGUGAAGAGUGGCCGCAUCGUGCCCACGACCGUGCUCACGCCCAGCACAUCAAAUAUCAUCUCGGCGUUGGUGUUCGGUCGCCGAUUCGAGUACGACGACCCAGAGCGCGUCUAUUUGGACAAGCUGAUCGAAGUGAUUCCGGCGCUGGCCGCCCAGGUGUCGGCCAUCAACUUCUUCCCCUGGCUUCGGAAGCUGUUCGUCUUCUUCCGCAUGGGAGCAUGUGAGCAGUUGAGGGACGCACUUGUCCGCAGGGAAGACUUCGCCGACUCGAAGAUCGACUUCCACCAGGACACGUACCAGGAUGGUUUGGUGCGGGACUACAUCGACGGCUUCCUCAGUGAAAUGAAGCAGCAGGACGAAGGAUGCAAGACCUUCACACGCAAUUUGCUGAAGGGCAACGUAGCGUCCUUCUUCGGCGCAGGCAGCGAAACCGUGCGCGCCGCCAUCGAGUGGUUGCUGCUGGUGAGCGCCAUGAAGCCGGAGCUACAGCGUCGCAUCCACGACGAGAUCGACGCCGUGCUCGCGAGUGGCCAAAGCUCGCACAUCUCCUGGAGCAACCGGAGUCAGAUGCCGUACACACAGGCCUUCAUGUGGGAGACGAUGCGCAUCAAGCCUGUCAACCCUCUCAGCCUCAUGAGAUAUGCCGCCGCAGACGUGAAGGUGGGCAAGUACGUGAUACCUCGCGGCAGCGUCGUCAUCGGGUCGAUAUGGUCCAUCUUCUACGAUGACGCUUACUGGGGUGAUCCGGAGGUGUUUCGACCCGAGCGCUUCCUCGCCAACGACGGCACGAGACCACAGAAACCGGAGAGAUUCAUCCCGUUCUCCUACGGCAAGCGCGCGUGCCCCGGAGAAGUUAUCGCCAACAUGGAGACGUUCAUCUACUUCACCAGCAUUCUGCAGCACUUCACCGUAGAGGCACCGCCCGAUGGCCCGAAACUCGCGCUCGACGAAGUACUCGGCAUCUCCCUUCGACCGAAGCCGCAGGAGCUCCUUUUCCGACCACGAGAAGUGCACCUAUGCCAAGACCACUUACAGACCCACCCGGAAAGGGCUGAAAAUGAGCAGAUUCCUACAGCUUUACAUGGCGGAUGGGCACGAAAUCUCAAAGUAGACUCCAUCAGGGUGCUCGGACUGCUGCUGGAGGAACUCACGGACUCAUGCCUCCUCUCCAAGACUAAGAAGGUGCUUAGGCUCGGUGUCACGAACCACAAGGUGACCCACUGGAAACAUCGAGGUGAAGCCAUGCAGGAUGUCCUCUGGAAGUGCCUCUCCACGGGCCUUGUAGCGGGUGUCGGCGCAGUCCUCUUGCAGUACUUCUGGGGUGUGCUCAAGAAAUGGCUGCGCAAGGACCUGCCGCCAGGACCCUGUGGCUUGCCGCUGCUUGGUUGCCUGUUCUCCAUGCCUAAGAACCAUCACGGCGUGGAGGUUUUCAGAAUGAAAUACGGCAACGUAUUCGGGCUUCACAUGGGCAGCCGAUACGUGGUUUUUAUGUGUGACUUCGACUCCGUGAAAGAAGCUUUCUCGCAGGACGCUCUCCUCAACAGGCCAGAAGAAUUUCCCUUUAAGGUUCACGAGCAGUCCCAAGGUCUUAUGUUAAUUAAUGGGCCCCUGUGGAGACUGCAGCGUCGAUUUUCGAUGAAAGUCUUCAAGAAUCUGGGAGUUACCACACCCGCCAUGGAAAGACACAUACGUGCAGAACUGUCGCACCUCAUUCGAGAGCUUGAAUCCCUGGAAAGCAAGCCCGUAGUACCAACGACAUUGCUUACGCCCAGCACAUCCAACAUCAUUUCGGCACUGGUGUUCGGCCGCCGGUUCGAGUACGACGAUCCCGAGCGCAUCUACCUCGACCAACUGAUCGAGGUCAUUCCGGCACUGGCUGCACAGGCGGCGGCCAUCAACUUUUUUCCCUGGCUUCGAAAGCUGUUCGUCCUGUUCCGCGUGGGCGCAUGCGAGAGGCUCAGGGACGCCCUGGCCCGACGAGAAGAUUUCGCCGACUCCAAGAUUAACGAGCACGAGGACACGUACAAAGAUGGAUUGGUGCGAGACUACAUCGACGGAUUCCUGAGCGAGAUGAAGGAGCACAAGAACGAAUGCUUCACCCGCAACCUCCUCAGGGGAAACGUGUCGACCUUCUUCGGGGCCGGCAGCGAGACGGUUCGAUCCUCCAUCGAGUGGCUGCUGCUCACGUGCGCCGCCAAGCCAGGUCUGCAGCGACGCGUCCACGCCGAGAUCGACGCAUUUCUUCAGCAUAACCAGAGCUCACACAUCCCGUGGAGUGAACGAAACCAGAUGCCAUAUACGCAAGCGUUCAUUUGGGAGACCAUGCGAUACAAGCCGGUCGUCCCACUGAACAUAAUGCGCUAUGCCGAUACAGACGUUAAAGUGGGAGGCUACAUCAUCCCACGUGGCAGCAUUGUGAUCGCCUCAAUAUGGUCCAUCUUCCACGACAAAUCCUUCUGGGGAGAUCCGGAGGUCUUCCGGCCAGAGCGCUUUCUUAUCGACGGCAAGACAAGAACGCUGAAGCCGGAGCAAUUCAUCCCCUUCUCUUAUGGCAAGCGCUCGUGCCCUGGUGAACUGAUUGCCAACAUGGAAGAGUUCAUCUACUUCACAACCAUUCUGAAGCAUUUCACAAUUGAGGCACCACCUGAUAGCCCACCGCUCACUUUUGAUGAAAUUCCUGGCCUCUCUCUUCGACCAAAGCCACAGGAACUCGUCUUUCGGCCACGAUUAGUAAUCGUUUGAGUAGACAAAAUGAACCCCGAGUGAAACCUCCCCAAAAGCAGUUUUGACCCAAGCUGCUGUGGUUACAGUUUCAAGGCUCUUAGUAUCAUCAAAUAAGAAAUGUACUCAGCAUUGUUUCUAAAAGCAUACAGCCCCAGUCUAACAAUGCCUUAAAAAUGACACUGAGAAGAAAUACUUUCCAUGUGUUGGCCAAAAAUAGCACCUGUGCUGCGAGGAGGUGCCUUAAAGAAAAAUGGUAAUGACACCUUGAGGUUCCAGCACAUACUUGCUCUCACAAUUUCUGAAGGCAUCUGCAAGAGGCUACCUAACUUUUCAAUUUGUAAUGGGGCCAGAGGCUAAAUAUUUAUGUUAUCUGGCUUCUGUCUCGUGUUGUCCACUUUUCUUUUUUUGCCUGUGUUUUUGCGCUUUAGUUAUUUCCCCGAUUAACUUGGUGAACACUAUCUUGGAAAGAAAUGUUCAUUUCAUUCAUUCAUUA